AUGUGGCCAUUACCGCAGACUUUCACUUCAUCAACGGAGCGAUACCCUCUGAACCCCCAAACUUUCUACUUUGGUUAUGGAGGUCAAUCAGCUGCACAGCAGGGCUGCUCUGUUCUGGAUGCUGCAUUCAAGAGAUAUUUUUCUCUUAUUUUUCCAGACUACAUUUCUGGUAGUGUUGUUCUUCGAUUCAAUGAGGAUAAACUAUUUACGUUGGAGAUCACUGUGGACCAUAAUGAUUGUGACAGUUACCCAAAUGAAGACUCUUCUGAGAAAUACAAUAUGAAUGUCUCUGCAAGACAUGCAUCCCUGCAUGCAGAAACUGUGUGGGGUGCUUUAAGAGGUCUGGAAACCUUCAGUCAGCUGGUAUACCAAGAUGAUUUUGGUGCAUACUUUAUUAACAGGACUGAGAUUGAGGACUUCCCCAGGUUUCCGUUCAGGGGAAUUUUGUUGGACACUUCACGUCACUAUCUACCAGUGCAAGCCAUCCUAAAAACUCUGGAUGCAAUGGCCUACAGUAAAUUCAAUGUGUUUCAUUGGCACAUUGUUGAUGACCCCUCCUUCCCAUACCAAAGCCGUACCUUUCCAGACCUCAGCAGUAAGGGGGCUUUCCAUCCGAUGACUCAUGUCUACACACAGUCAGAUGUGAGAAGGGUGAUCUCAUAUGCCAGGCUGCGGGGAAUAAGGGUCCUUCCUGAGUUUGAUACACCCGGCCAUACCAAAUCUUGGGGAAAAGGACAGCCUGACCUGUUGACUCCCUGCUACAAAGGGGGGAUCCCAUCGGGUACUUUUGGUCCUGUUAAUCCAGUGUUACCCUCCACCUACCGGUUCAUGGCAGGACUAUUUAAGGAAGUGUCAUCAGUGUUUCCUGAUUCCUAUAUCCACUUAGGAGGGGAUGAGGUUGACUUCUCCUGUUGGAGAUCCAACCCAGAUAUCCGGGCAUUCAUGAAGAAGAUGGGGUUUGGAGACUUCACCAAACUGGAAGCAUUCUACAUUGAGAACAUUGUGAAUAUCACUAACGCUCUCAAAAAGACAUCCAUUGUGUGGCAGGAUGUAUUUGACUACCAUGAGCGAAUUCCUAAGGACACAAUGCUGCACAUCUGGAAGGGCACCUCAGCUACUUAUAAGUUCAGCAGGAUCACCAAAGCUGGGUUGGGGGUCCUCUGGGCAGCCCCUUGGUACAUCAGCCACAUUUCCUAUGGCCAGAACUGGUGCAACUACUACACUGUGCAGCCAAAGAACUUUUCUGGUACUGAGGAACAAAAGAAGUUGGUGAUAGGGGGUGAGGUCUGCAUGUGGGGGGAAUAUGUUGAUUCCACCAAUCUCAAUCAACGUCUAUGGCCAAGGGCAAGUGCUGCUGCAGAGAGACUUUGGAGUGAUGAGAAAGAGACCUCCAAUGUGGAAAAAGCAUUGCCUCGUUUGCAGGAUUUUCGUUGCAAACUGCUGAGGCGUGGCAUCCAGGCAGAGCCUCUCUAUAUUGGAUACUGCAGACAUGAGUACCAGGGUGUUUGA